AUGAACCCGGCCGAAAAAACCUCAGACGAUGGCCUAGCCGUUAUUCACGUCGCCUUGUUUCGGAUGGCAACGAAAUCUAUGGCGCAUGCGUAUAGAAUCCUGGGCUACAAGACGCAUCAUGGCGAUGAGGACAUCCUCGGAAACCCGUGGGAAUCCAUCGAGCGAGCAGCAGAAGCAACCUGGCCGUCGAUCCCAGGCGCCAGACCCCAACCAAGGUUCACUCGCAAAGAUUGGGAUGAGCUCUGGGGAUCCAAAUAUGAUAUCGUCACCGACAUGGCCUGUCCAUUUGUCGAUCAGCUCAUCGAGGCAUAUCCCAAUGCCAAAAUCGUCAUUGUUCAGCGGGAUUUUGAUAGCUGGUGGAUAAGCUACAAAGUCGUUGUGUUGGACAAGCUCUUCACAAUCGGGCAGACCGUCAUGCUGUUUCUCGUGAGCCAUGUCUUGAGAUCAAGAUCCGCCCACGCUUUGACGAAAGUCAGCUACGGGCUUUUUGACGCCAGAAACAUGUCCGAGAUUGAGGCGAAUGCACGACGCGGGUAUGACCAGUACUACAAAAAGAUUCGGGACAUGAUUCCGCCCGAGCGAAGGUUGGAGUACUCUAUCGGCGACGGAUGGGAGCCGCUGUGCGCGUUUCUGGGGAAAGACAUCCCGGAUGUGCCAUUCCCGCGUCUGAAUGAUAGGGCUGAUAGAAACAAGAGGCACAAAGAAGGAGAACACAUGGUAUACCUUCGAGCAGCUAAGAAGCUUGCUCCCUGGGCGGUUGGCCUCGCAGCGAUUGUACUCCCGCUUUCGUACAUAUAUACGACGGUCAAGGAAUAG